AUGCAUUUUCUUCUAUGCAUUUUAUUGUAUAUUUUUGAAACAUUUUCUUACACCAGAUAGCGCCACCGUAUGAGAGAGUAGUGACCGAUACGUAGAUUAGAGAUACGACCAUAAGUGUUUAGGUUGUUCUGCUGUCGUUAUCGUGUAUUAUCACCUUGUUAGUAUUUAAAUAUACGUCUAACGUUAAUUUUAAUUGUCUAUUCAAACAUUAACGUGAUUUAUUUUGUUAUCCUUAUAAAUAUUGUUUCCUAAAUUACAUAUUUGAAAAGUAGUAACUCGAUCACCACUUAUAUCCGAUGAUAUAAUAAUAAUGAUGAUGAUGAUUAUUAUGAUGAUCGUCUUAAUAAAGCGAAGAAGUGCACAAGUGUAUUAAAGGUAAUCCUUUCUUGAAGAAUAAGUGUGCAAAAGUAUUAACAAAUUCUUAUUUUAUUAUUUCGAAAUACGCGAAUAAAAAAGGAAUCGCAUGGUAUCGAUUAUCUCACGUCUCGAAUCGUUAUCCUUGUUUUUUUUUAAAUAUAUAAUGAUCUCCUGACAUGUGUAAAAAGAAAAAGGAUAUAAUAAUGUAUUUUUUAAGUUAUAUUUCUUACUUAAACACCGAUCAAUUCUAGUAAAAUAAUGAAAAAAAAAAAAAAAAAAAAGAAAGGAUAACGACGAGAAAUUAACGUUAGGAACAAAAUAUUAGUGAAUAACUUUGCAUUUGUUUAGUAGUCAAGAGUAAUAUUGUUCACUAAACAAAAACAAAAAAAUAUAUAACUGUUUUUUAGCCCGCGAUUUGUGUGUGUGAGAAAUUAAGUAUAGAAUGUUGACGAUUACACGCGCACCGAAUUAUAUUUAACACUCGUGCACAUUCGCGUCGUAAGAAAACGAUCUCGUUUAUAAAUAUAUAUACACAUAUAUAUUAUUUUUCAACGUUGUUUUUAAUCGUCCUACGAAUUAUUAUGCGUUGUCGAUAUAUAAACGACGAUAUAGUAGAGUAUUUAAAUAACGUUGUCUCGGUUGCAAUAUUUGUUCGGCCAUUAAAAAGAUGGCGCGAGAAUGCACUGAGGAUGGUCUUGUGCUUACCACAAUGGUGGUAGGAGUCGAGGAUCACGUGACACUUGCGUCGCAGGGCCGCUUGUCGCGCGACCAUCCGAGGCCAGCCAUUUUGAUUAGUAACAUGGCGUCAGCGGAGAUUAAUAUGGCGUCCUCGGACAUAAUAACCGAAGUGGAGCCAGAAAUCCAGGAGGUCGAAAUCGAAACAAUACCGGUUGAAAUACCUUGCGAAACGGUGGAAACGACUAUCGAAGGGGACGAUGGCCAGCCGAUGAUCGCAUUGCAACCAUUACCGGAACCAGGCCGUGAAGAAAUCAUUCUACAGACGCAAGAGGAAAUCGUCGGCGCCGAUCCACUAAGCGUGUACGAUCAGAUACCAGUACCAGAGAACGACAUUUAUGUCGAAUCGAGUCCUGGACCAUCGAGAAAGGGUACGAAGAAGGCUAGAAAAGGUGGAGCUGCCAGAUAUCGAACAUCCGAUCACGCAAUAUUCGGUGAAAUGGGUUCGGAAACGAAAACAAGAAAGUGGGAGCAGAAGCAAGUGCAAAUCAAAACCCUUGAAGGUGAAUUCUCGGUGACAAUGUGGGCAUCUGGAACUGAUGAUGAUGAAGGCUCUAAUCCAGAACCUGAUCCAGAUUUUACUGAAUAUAUGACAGGCAAGUCAAACACAAAGUUUAAUCAUUCUGGAAGUUCUGUUUCCGAUGGAAUGCCUGGUCUCGAUUUAUCAGAUCCUAAACAGCUAGCGGAAUUUGCCAGACCUGGGCAUAAAUUGAAAGUACGCAAGCCACCUGUUAUGGAUGGUGCAGAACGCACAAUUGCUUGUCCUCACAAAGGCUGUACAAAAAUGUUUCGGGACAACAGUGCUAUGCGUAAGCACUUGCAUACACAUGGACCUAGAGUACAUGUAUGUGCAGAAUGUGGGAAGGCUUUUGUUGAAAGUUCAAAAUUAAAGAGGCACCAGUUAGUGCAUACUGGAGAGAAACCUUUUCAAUGUACAUUCGAAGGAUGCGGCAAAAGAUUUAGCCUUGAUUUUAAUUUGCGUACCCAUGUCAGAAUUCACACAGGUGACAGACCAUAUGUAUGUCCAUUUGAUGGGUGUAGCAAAAAAUUUGCACAAUCCACGAAUCUUAAAUCACACAUACUGACCCAUGCAAAGGCUAAAUCGAGGAAUACAAUUGGAAGACAAGUACAACAAAUUCAACUUCAACAACCUCAAUUCGUCCAAGUCGAAGUUGCGGAUGUGGAUAACCAACAAUUUAUUGUCUAUGCUGAUUAGCCCCCCCAAAUAUUGAUCUCGUAUCCUGGUGAAUCUAUUAUGAAAUAUCAUAACCACUAAUUAUUAACAUAAGCAGUGUAAAUAUUUUCAAGAUACAGCAAGCGGCAAAGGAAAUCAGUCGUUAAAACUAUUAGUUAUGGUAAGAGAAUGAGUUAAUUAAAUAAUUAAUACCUCUGUGCUUAGAUAUGGAUUAACUAAAAACAUCGAGAGUAUUACGCUCUUCAAAACUCAUUGAUAAACAGUGUACUUUUUAAGACAAUGCGAGGUGAAACGAUGCACAUUGCUCUGUGCUAAGUCAGACUUUUUAAAAAAAUCUAGUGCGCCGUCGUAAUGUGUAACUGUACAUAUUUAUAAUUAAAGUAUAAAAUAUUGUAUACAGUAUAUUUUGGAGAAAUUCAAAUGAGAAUAAACCACAAAAUACAUUUGUUCUGUUAGACUCAAUUGUACCAUUUUAGUACAACGGAUCUUGUACGCCAUUUACCGUAAUUGUCGUUAUCGACAAUAAUCGUACUAGCUGUAUUAUCCUAAAUUAAAAUAUAUAUAAAAUAUAUUGCAAUGCUCAAUAAUCGCGAGUGUUUUUAAUAUAGCGUCUGACCAAUUUAAAAGAAGGAUGCAUUGUAUUGUCAGCCUCGCAAAUUAAUCGAAAAUUAUUGAUUCGUGCAAUAGUCAUUUCGGAACAUUCAAAAGCUUUUAAUAAUGUACCAGAGUAAAUUCAUAAAAUCAUAUUUAUAAUUGUAUUUUAUGUGUUGUCGGAUUGCAGAAUAAAGCAAUAGAUAUAGAUAGUUUUAAUAUUAACUGUAUUUAAUAGCUAUGUAGCGUGCAUUUCAUUACACUAUUAUUCAUAAUAAAUUGCAUAUCAUAGUUUU